AUUAAUUAAUCAUUGGCACACAUGAUCGAAACGAAAACAUCUAACGUGAGUUGGAGAAUUAAAAAUGUUUUCCACUUUUAUAUACAUCAUAAUUAUAACAGUUUCAAGUGGUCUUUGUAAAAAUGAAUUAUAUAAGGGAUACAGGAUAUACAAAAUUGAUUUGCUUAAUAUUAAACAAGAGGACAAGUUUAAUUUAUUAAAAAGCGACUUGAUUGACUUUUGGAGGAAGCCCUCGCACAAAUACAAUGUUAGUGGCCAAGCAAUGGUACCACCAUCACAUUUUGAAUGGUUCGAAGAAAAACUCGGAGAAAACAAUAUAACAAGAGAUAUUAUCAUAGAUGAUGUAUUUGAAUAUCUUCAUGAAAUAUUUCUAAAUGAAGAAGGAACAGAGGCGAAUUUUGAUUACAACAACUACCACAGGUAUGACAAAAUAAUAAGUUACUUGAAAUCGAUUGAAGAAGCUUAUUCAAAUUCAAGUGAAAUUUCGAUACAAUUGGUUGAAGCUGGUAGAACAGAUGAAGAUCGACCUUUGGUUUAUUUAACAGUUACUGCUAAAUCUUCCCUGAAAACUCAAAAACCUUUAGUAAUCAUUGAAGCUGGAAUAAAUCCCAGAGAGUGGAUCACAGUACCAUCAGCUAUAAACAUCAUUGACAAAAUAGUCCAAGAAGAUCAGAAGAAUUUUUUGCAAAAUUUACAAUGGAUUAUAAUUCCUGUACUAAAUCCAGAUGGAUAUGAAUACACUCAUACAAAUCUUCGUCUGUGGACGAAAUCAAGAAGCACAAGAAGCUCCCUCGGUCCAAUCUGUCCAGGCGUCAACAUCAAUCGUAAUUUUGACAUUGACUGGCUUUUCUCAGACACGAGCUCCAGUCCGUGUAGUCAUCUAUAUGGUGGUGUGGAAGCAUUUUCUGAACCUGAAACAAAAAUGAUUAAGAAUUUAAUUGAAAAAUAUGGAAGAACUAUACAAUUGUACAUCUCGCUACAGAAUAAUGGACGUUUUAUUUCGUAUCCUUGGCAAUACGAAAGAGCUGCAAGUGGCAUGUUUCGUCAACAUCAUUUACUCGGUUUAGAAAUGACAUCUGCAAUGGGUGAUGAUUAUGUACUUGAUAUUGGUUCUGAAACACUCGGUGAUCGAGCUUCUGGUACCAGUACAGAUUAUGCGAUGGAUAAUGGAGUUUUGUAUACGUUUAACGUCAAUAUUGAAAAGCAAGGUGCAAGCGGUGUGAUCAUACCAGGUAACGAAAUUAAACCAAUUGCUGAAAAUGUAUGGAAUGCAGUAGCUAUCGCAGCCAAAAGUAUUAUGAAACGUAGCGCGAAUACAAAUAGUUAGCGAAUACAAGUUGAUACAGAAUAAAUGUAGAAAAUUAAAACAGUUUUUAAUACAAUUUUAAGGAUUAAUCAUACU